AGUUUUUAUUUUUGGAUUAUGCAUGUGUUGAAGUUGAUCAUAACUAAUUAUUCAUUAAAGAAACAUAGAGUUUUAGCCUUUUCACUUUCAUGAAAUGAAGCUAAGCUUAAUCAGUGUAUAUCGUCCUUAUGGCUUCCCAACACUUCUCAAUUCAUCUGCUUUUAGCAUUCUGUGUAGACCCUUUUGCUCUUCCGCACUAUCAUCUCCACCCACUUGUUGUGUGAAACCCCAAGUUCCCCUCUUUUUGAGGCCACCCAUUUACUCGACCAAGUUGUGUGACCUCAAAAAAUGGCAAGAUUGGGCCAAGAGUGUUACUUCUUCAAUUGGGUCAACUUUUGUUGACUCAGAUAAUGGGCCAGACUCUGGCAUUUUGUGCAGGGAGCUCAAGUGGCUCAUGGAGGAUGCUGUUGAGGAUCACUCAUUGAUUUCCCACAUGGGUGUGGAAGGUGAUGAGAGGGUGAGUAUGAGGGUUGAAAUGGAGGAGCUUUACUGUUUAUGGAGGCAGAGGAUCGAAGAGAGGAGACCCUUUCAGUAUAUAGUUGGGUGUGAGCAUUGGAGGGACAUGGUCUUGAGUGUCCAAGAAGGGGUUUUGAUUCCAAGGCCUGAGACUGAGCUUAUUAUUGAUUUUGUGUCUGAUGUGGUGUCAAGGAAUGGGGAUUUGAAAAGAGGGGUGUGGGCUGAUUUGGGGACUGGAAGUGGUGCCCUUGCUAUAGGUGUUGGUGGGGUUUUGGGGAGCGGAGGGAGGGUUAUUGCCACUGAUUUAAGUUCCAUGGUUGUUGCUGUUGCAGCUUAUAAUGUGAAGAGGUACUGCUUACAGGACAAAAUUGAAUUAAGGAAAGGAUCUUGGUUUGAACCGUUGAAAGAUAUGGAAGGAAAGCUUGCAGGUCUUGUAAGCAACCCACCUUAUAUACCAAGUAAAGACAUAUGUGGUCUACAAGCUGAAGUUGGUAGACAUGAACCUAGAGUUGCUUUAGAUGGAGGUACUGACGGCAUGGAUGCUCUUCUCCAUCUAUGUGAUGGAGCUGCUUUAAUGUUGAAACCUGGUGGAUUUUUUGCCUUUGAGACAAAUGGGGAGCAGCAGUGCAAGGCUCUUCUUGAUUAUAUGAAAAAUAAUAGAAGUGGAAGCUUAUGCAAUUUUGAAAUACUUGCUGAUUUUGCUGGGAUUCAAAGAUUUGUAGUUGGAUUCCAUCAAUGAGCAAUUUGAGUCACUGACACAUGUUUAUUAUAUCUAUUUCUUGAGUGAAUAAUUCUCCCAUUGCUCUACUAAAGAGGAGAACUACUAGUUCUGCUUCUUCAUAAAUUUUUGCAGGGUCUAUACCCCAACAUAAAAAAGGAUAAAAACCUGCAAAGCUGACACU